UUUGUCUGAAAUCCGACUGCAUUCUUCCAUCAAGUCAUGGAAGAUUUGAUGGAUCGUCUGGAGCGAGCCGUGACUCGACUGGAGCUGCUGUCGGCAUCCGCAAGUUUGUCCAACAGCGACUGUGUCAACGGCAUCGAUGGAGCUUCCACCGCGUGCGCGGACACGUUUGACGUUCUUAUGAAAGGUCCACUGACGAACUACAUGAACAUCAGCAGGACUAUCGGGAGUGAUGUGGAGAAACAUGCGGAGAUGGUCAACAACGCCCUGCAGACGCAGAAGACCUUCCUCAAAAUGGCGGCCAAGCACCAGGAGCCCGUACAGACGGUGCUCUGCGACCUGCUGAAGCCCAUCUCGGAGCACAUCCAGAAGAUCCAGAGCUUCCGGGAGCGCAACCGCAGCAGUCAGCUCUUCAACCACCUGUCGGCCGUUAGCGAGAGCAUCCCUGCCCUCGGAUGGGUGGCCGUGAACCAAAAGCCCGGUCCAUACGUGAAGGAGAUGAACGAUGCCGCCACCUUCUACACCAACAGGGUGCUCAAAGAAUACAAGGAAACCGACAGACGUCACGUGGACUGGGUGCGCUCGUACUUGUCCAUCUGGACCGAGAUGCAGUCGUUCAUCAACCGCCACCACACUGCCGGACUGCUCUGGAGCAAGAUGGGUCCCAUUGCCCCGGCCUCCCUGUACGAAAACUCCAGUACUGCCUGCCCCCCAGCACCGCCUCCACCUGCAUCUGCACCCCUGGCCGAAGACUCCCCGAGCCCCGGUCGUGCCACACACUCCGCCCUAUUCACCCAACUCAAUCAGGGCUUGGACAUAACAAAAGGUCUGAAGCAUGUUUCGGAGCACCAGAAGACCCACAAGAACCCGCGCCUGCGUUCACAGGAGGGGCAGAGCGCAAAAGCCAAACCCGAGAUGACGUCCCCACCGGAGGGGCCCCAGAAGAAACCUCCACUGCUUAAGCUGGACGGGAAGAAAUGGAGGGUGGAGAACUUCGAGCACAAACAUGACUUGAUGAUCGAGGAGACUGAGCUGCAGCAGGUGGUCUACGUCUUUGCCUGCAGUGAUGCCACCCUGCACGUCAAAGGGAAGUUGAACUCCAUCAUCGUAGAUAACUGCAAGAAGCUUGGUCUAGUGUUUGACAACGUGGUCGGAAUCGUGGAGAUCAUCAAUUCCAAGGCCGUUCAGUUACAGGUGUUGGAAAGUGUGCCCACCAUCUCCAUCAAUAAAACGGAAGGAUGUCAGCUGUACCUGAGUCAUCAGUCCUUAAGCUGCCACGUGGUCAGCGCCAAAAGCUCUGAGAUGAACGUCCUCAUCCCGCAAGGAGAUGACGACUAUAAAGAGCUGCCGCUUCCCGAGCAGUUCAAGACCGUCUGGGACGGAUCCAAACUGGUGACAGAACCCAGUGAGAUGGCCGCUUGAUUGAAGGUUAGCAUAGUAAAUGCUAACAUUUAGCCUCUUGGAUGUAACGUCAUAUAUUUUAUCACUCGUCUGUGUUCAACCCCACAAUUGGAUAUCACACAAAAUUUGUUUUAAGUCCUACUGAAUUCUUGAGGACAUGGUUAAUCAAAAAAUAGCCUUGCCGCAAAAUGUAUUUAAUAUGGUUGGAAAUUGUACUAAUACUUUAUUUUUUUGUCCAGAACACUGCUAAAUUUGUGUUGAAUUUGUUAUUUUUUUAACAGUUUUCGAAAUCACUUUGAAUCUAUCAAAGCACUCGUUACAUGCCUUAGUGCAGUGGUCCCCAAUAGUGUUGGCUCCUGAGUGAACGAUUCGUUCAAAGGAACGACUCUCCAGUGAACGAAUCACUUCCUAAAGUGAUUCGUUCUCUUUUCCGUUCAUAUGACUUCAACCAGUAGGUGUCAGUAAUGCACAUUAAAGCUGGUGCCACCUCGCCUUAAAACAAAACGAAGAAGAAAAUGACAUAACUUCCCGUUCACAAACGAGUCGUGAAUUGCAUUUCCCUUUCACCAACGAACGAAUCUGUGAGUGAACGAAUCAGUGACUGAUUUGCAUUUCCGAUUCAUCACGGUGUUGUGCUAGAUUUAGUUCCCCCGUGAGAUUUUGUUUCCCCUGCCGCGGGAGCACGCACGCCUUAUUUGGAAAGCAAAAAACCGAUGUCGUACGGCGUCGUACGGCGUCAGGACUAUGUUGUUUUCAAUAAAAACAUGAAGAACUCA